GUGACUCAAUUUAGUAGCAUUCAUCAACAUGCACUGAUGCGGAGCGGAAGGUGUUUAUCCACACAGUCUUAUUUGCGGCGGGUUUCAGUGUGGAAUUUAAAAGAUAAAAAGCGAUGGCAGAGCACGAUGAGGGGGCCGAGUAUGGCAAGGGGGAUUUCGUCCUCCUGGACGAAAUUACGGAAGAGGCCUUCAUGACUAACUUGAAGCUGAGAUUUGAAAACGGCAGAAUAUACACAUACAUUGGAGAGGUGGUGGUCUCCAUCAACCCCUACCGGACUAUGGACAUGUUCGGUCCGGAGGUGGUGGAGAGCUACAAAGGCAGAGAGAUCUACGAACGGCCCCCUCACAUAUUUGCCAUCGCCGAUGCGGCCUACAAGAGCAUGAAGAGACGGGCAAGAGACACUUGUAUAGUCAUCUCAGGGGAAAGUGGUUCAGGGAAGACAGAAGCAUCCAAGAUCAUCAUGCGGUACAUUGCAGCAGUAACAAAUGUCGGCAAACAGCAGGAUGUUGAAAGAGUGAAAAAUAUCCUCAUCCAGUCCAACACAAUCUUGGAGGCCUUUGGCAACGCCAAGACCAACCGCAACGACAACUCCAGCCGCUUCGGCAAGUACAUGGACAUCAACUUUGACUUCAAGGGUGACCCUAUCGGGGGUCACAUCAACAACUACUUGUUGGAAAAGUCAAGGGUUGUCCGGCAACAGAAGGGCGAGCGUAGCUUCCACUCUUUCUAUCAACUGCUGACUGGGGCCAACGAGCAGCAGCUUGGCGACUUGCAGCUCAAACGGGACUUCUCCCUCUAUCAUUUCAUCAAUCAAGGCAAUGGGGAGCCUGCCUCAUUCAAUGACAAGAAGAACCACAAGGCCACACUGGAGGCGCUCAGGGAUGCUGGAUUCUCAGCGGAUCAGCAGACAUCGGUGUGGAAACUCCUGGCUGUCAUCUUACAUCUGGGAAACAUCCAUUUUGAGAGUGAGGACAAGGAGACCUGUUCCAUCAGUAAUCCCGGCGAGCUGUCCACCAUCGCCACGCUGCUGGGCGUCAGCCGCGAGGAGCUGGAGAAGGCACUGUGCUACCGCGUGGUGGCAGCGAAGGGGGAGGUCAUGGAGAAGAGCCACACCACGGAGCAGGCCUACUACGGCAGGGAUGCGUUUGCCAAAGCUAUAUACGAGAGACUAUUUACCUGGAUUGUCGGCAUGAUAAACAGUGCCAUUGAGGUACAGGGGACCAGUCUAGAGCAUGGGAAGAACACUGUCAUUGGGGUGUUGGACAUCUACGGCUUUGAAAUCUUCGAUGACAACAGUUUUGAGCAGUUCUGCAUCAACUACUGCAACGAGAAGCUACAGCAGCUCUUCAUCAUGCUGGUGCUCAAGCAAGAGCAGGAGGAGUACCAGCGGGAGGGCAUCGAGUGGGUCACCGUGGAGUACUUCAACAACCGCAUCAUCUGUGACCUGGUGGAGGAACCCCACAAGGGCAUCAUGUCCGUCCUGGAUGAAGCCUGCCUCAAUGUGGGCAAAGUCACUGACCAGAUGUUUUUGGAAGCCAUGAAUCAGAAGCUCGCCAACCAUCCACACUACACCAGCCGAGCCCUGGAACCUGCAGACAAGUCACUGGAUCACAAUAGAGACUUCCGCAUCCGGCACUAUGCUGGGGAUGUCCUGUAUGAUGUGAAUGGUUUCAUCUAUAAGAACAAGGAUACCCUGUACCAGGACUUCAAGAGACUGUUGUUCCUCAGCUCCAACCCAGUCAUCUCGGAGAUGUGGCCGGAAGGACAGAUGAAAAUGACCGAGGUAACAAAGCGGCCACUCACAGCAGGAACCAUAUUCAAGAAUUCCAUGAUUGAACUUGUCAAGAAUCUGGCCUCCAAGGAGCCAUACUAUGUCCGCUGCAUCAAACCCAACGAGGCCAAAUCUCCUCUCUUGUUUGACGGCGAGCGUUGCCUUCACCAGGUCCGGUAUCUGGGUCUCCUGGAGAAUGUGCGGGUGAGACGGGCGGGGUUCGCGUCCCGCCAACACUACACCAGGUUCCUGCAGAGAUACAAGAUGCUUUCACAGUUCACGUGGCCAAAUUUCCGGGGCGGUGCAGACAGACAAGGCGUGGAGAUCUUGCUACGAGAGAAGCAACUAGAGCACGACGUUGCCUACGGUAAAACCAAACUGUUCAUCAGGACACCACGUACUGUGUAUGCGUUGGAAGAAGCACGUACACAGCUCAUACCCCCUAUUGCUGUCUUUCUACAAAAGAUUUGGAGGGGUACGCUGGCACGACAGCGCGCCCACAAGAUGCGGGCCAUCUACCGCAUCAUGGCGUCCUACCGACGCUUCAAAAUUCACCGCUACCUGUACAAGCUGCAGGACACAUUCCGAGACGUCCGGAGUCUCAGCGACUACGGGAAGAGCCUGGAGUGGCCCGAGCCCCCUAAGGUGCUGAAGAAAUUCAACCGGCUGUUGCAGAAAUGUCACAGACAGUGGAUGUGUCGCCUAGUGCUGAACCGACUGCCCAAGACCGACUGGCCAGAGAUGAAGUUGAAGAUAGCUGCCAUGGAUGCACUGAACGGCCGAUGCCAAGACUGGGGCUACAAGAGGAAAUGGCAGGGCAACUACCUCGCUUCCAUCUCGGAAAACAACCAGACUGCCCCGUUUGUUGCAAUGUGCGGCCACCUGAAGAACAAAGAUCACUUUAACGACAUCUUGUUCUCCUCUUCAGUCAUAAAGAUCAACAAGCACAGCAAGUGUGCCGAGCGAGCACUGCUAGUCACGGACAAGUUUAUCUACAAGCUGGAUCCCAAGAAGAACUUCAAACCCAUGAGGAUAGGCACGCAUAUAUCAGAGGUGACGGGCAUGAGUAUCACGCCAGGCUCAGACCAGCUGGUCAUCCUACACCUGUCUGGAGACAAUGACAUCGUGGUGGGACUGACCAACACCAGAGGAGAGAACAGGGUGCCUGAGCUGAUAGGUGUGCUGUGUAGACAGUGGAUUGUAUCCAAGAAACGGGAACUGCGCCUGAUAGUAACGCCAACCUUACACUGCCAGCUGGGUAAACACAAGAAGACAAUCAGCGUCCAAAAGGUGUCCACGGACCGGCCGGUCUUCAAGAAAGAAGGUCAGAAUCUAGUACUACUGUGGCCACUGGAGGCCUAAGGCUCCAACAGGAUCUUCUUUGUUUGCCAUUUUU